AUGCUGCUUAUGUUUCCCCCUUCCUCAAACCCCACGUCCCGUCAUUCCCACCUCCCACCUCUCCCGUCCUCUCCCUCCCCUCCUCUCCCCUGUCCCACUCUCCCCCUCUCUCCCUUUCCCCCUCUCCCCCUCUCCCUUGCUCGCCUUCUCGCCCUCUCCCCCUCUUCCCCCUCUGCCGUUCCUCCCCCUCUCCCUCUCCCCAUCUCCCCCACGCCACCCCCUCCUCUGUGCCCGACGCCGCAACCACGCCAGGGCAGUCGCAGCCGCCUGUCAGUGGGCGGGGCGCUGCCGCUGUGCGACUACUUUGACCUCGCGCGCAUCGCCACGCACUGGAUCUCGCCCGAACUCUUCCUGCUGCUCGCCAGAGCCGCGCUCACCGCGCCCUUCGCUGCUGCUGCUGCGCGUGGCGCCAGCCCCUCCGUGGCCUUCGUGCACGUGCAGACACACCGCAUCCCAUCUCAUGACAUCCCGUUCCAUUCUUACUCCUCCUCAUUCGCCAACUGUUUCAUUCCAUACCAGCUCAUCACGUUAUAUCCCAUCCUAACACGUGACAUCACAUCCCAGCCUAUCACAUGGCAUCACAGCCCAUCCCACCACCACAAAGUAACCAUGCCACCCCUGGUUAGUUCUAUCCCAUUCCUUCCUAUCGUGCCCCAUCAAUCAACACAUGCACUCUCUGCAAUCACAUCCUCCUUCCUCCUCUUCACCACUUUGCUAACUCCCCAUCCUUCCCGCUUCCAUGCAGCAUUUGCUGUGCGAACGCGGCACACGGACGUGCUCGUGUGGGUGAAGACCACGUUCGAGCGCAUGGGCUUCCAGCCUCCCACGGAUUCCAUCUCCUUCCAGAUGCUUCCGUACAGCCAGGAGUGGCACGCCAUGGCUCAGCGAGCCAUGGCCCGCCUGCCCCCGCGCUACAUUGCCGUGCACUACCGCUCCGAGUUCAUCGCCUUCCACCUCGCUCAAAGUGACCCAAGAGUCAAACGAAUCUGCAACCCAAAUCCGUUGUCACCCACCCUGCAGGCGCACAAGCUAGUGCGGAAGGGCUUCAAGGUGGAGGCGGGCGUGCUGGAGGAGCUGAUGACGGGGUGCAUGGAGGCGGCUCGCGACCUGAUCAACGGCAUGAAGCGCCGCCACAACAUCUCGGCCGUCUUCAUCGCCGCCGACGUGCCGUUUGACGACAAGGCGGGCAGCCUCGUGCGCUCCGACUCGUGGAAAGAAACCACGUGGAGGUUUCAAGGGCAGGAGAGGGUGCUGGCGGCCCCGCAGGAGAAGCUGCGGUGGCUGAGGGAGCAGGUGGCGGGCACAGUGAUGGUGGACGAGCUCAUGCCCGCCAUCAACCACUACGACCCCGGCAUUGUGGCCAUAUUGGACAAGCUGCUGUGUGCGCAUGCGCACGUGUUCCUGGCUGGGUCUAUCACAUGCGGGGGGGGGCGUGGGUUUGAGGAGGACAUCAACAUCCACAGGCAUCACUUCAACAGGACCCCCCCCCACAGAUGGGUCUCGGAGACAGACAAGCGUCUAUUCCACCUGAACAGCAGCUCUGCAGGUGCAGGGUGA